AUGAUACUGUGGCAUAACAAAGAACCUAUAUACUCUGUUGAAUUCGAUCCAAGUUCAAACAGACUGUGUACAACAGGCUCAGACAAUGAUGUAAAGAUAUGGAGUUAUACACAGAACAAUGUUACAAACAAGAUUGAGUUCACAUACUUGUCAUCACUGUCUAAACAUAGCAAGCAUGUUAAUGUGGCCAGGUUCUCACCGGGUGGAAAUCUGUUGGCUUCAGGCGGUGACGAUGGUACAAUAGCAAUAUGGCGUUUGAAUCCUUUGUUACAACAACAGACGCCAAUUGUUGACAAUGAAGAUGGAAUACAGAUGAAGGAAGUGUGGUCCAUUGUGGCCGUACUACGAGCUCAAACCGAUUGUUACGAUCUGGCAUGGUCACCCAAUGGCCUCCACCUCGUAUCCUGUUCAACAGACAAUAGCAUUCAAAUAUGGAGUCCCAUAACUAGGGCAAGCAAUCAAUUGAUCGUGGAACAUACUCAUUAUGUACAAGGAGUGAGUUGGGACCCUCUGGGAAGAUACCUUGUAUCGGAGAGCUCCGAUGGCACAUGUAGAAUAUACUCUGAGAGCAAGGCCUCCAAGAGAAAGACGGCUGCGAGCAAGAAGCUCAAUGUCGCACUUGCCAGUCUGCUCUCCAGACGUUCAUAUGUCAAUAGCUACUGCGACCAAGACCAUCAUGAUGAGGACCAGAAGCACAUAGACAGUGCUCAAUCUACGCCAACCAAAGAAACAGAAGAUUCCCUGAGCAAGGAUCACAGGAUGUUCUAUGAUGAGAAUGUUACAACCUUCUUUAGACGAGCCUCAUGGUCACCUGAAGGAUCAUUAUUGAUCUUGCCCACUGGCAAGUUCAAGGCCAACCCGUCAAUGUCAAAGUAUGAGUGCACUUCAUAUGUGUUCUCAAGGGACAUACUCAACAAGCCAAUACUCCACCUUCCAUCCAACAAGCCAACAUUGGUAGUCAAGUUCAAUCCGCUGAUAUACCAGUUGAACACAUCUGCGUCACACCCAACCAUCCUGCCCGAGCUCAUCUACCGAAUGAUCUUUGCCGUCUCGACGGCCGACACGGUGAUCAUCUACGACACACAGUGCUUUAAGCCACUGUUGAUUGUCUCGGACAUGCACUACUCAACGAUCACCGACCUGAGUUGGUCGCCCGAUGGCAGCAUCCUGAUGAUUGCCUCUGAGGAUGGAUUCUGCUCCUACAUGUCCUUUGUAGAGGGCGAGUUGGGCACGCCCAUCAAGGACAUCAAUGACAUGCCAGCGUGUAUGCAACAAGCGAAUGCUCUCCGAAUGGAGGCCAUCCAGAAUACGACCGCCGAGACCAUUCAGAAGGAACAACUACAACAAGAUACGUCGACAUCGGUGAAGAGAAAGAAGGAUGAGGAAUCCUCCGUCUCCACUUCGAUUGGUAACAAUGAUGAGAAUGAUGUUGACAAUGAUAGCAAACAGACAGAAAAGAAACAAAAGUUGGACACUCCAACUCAAGAUACCCAAUCAGUUAAUAAUGCCUCUGCUGCAUACCCAACAACUACAACAACUACCACAACCACUGCCACUACCACUUCCAACUCCAACUCCGACUCGACGACAACACAAAUGUCGGCAUCGGCUUCCAAACCAAAGAGAAGGAUCCAACCCAAUCUGCUGCCUCCAAAGUAA